AUGGCCGACGGAGCCAAAAAGGUCGAGGAAGUUCCUGCAACCGACGACUUCGUUGUCGACUGGAACAGCGAUGACGAUCCAGCAAAUCCCUUGAACUGGCCUUCUAAACGCAAGGGCAUCAACAUCGCUCUUUUGUCAUGCCUGACAUUCGUCACCCCCCUUGCUUCUUCGAUGUUCGCGCCGGGCAUCCCUCUGGUGAUGGAGGACUUUCACAGCUCCAGCAUAUUCUAUGCGACCUUCGCCGUCUCAAUAUACUUGGUGGGCUAUUCUUUCGGGCCUUUGCUGUUCGCUCCACUAUCUGAACUUUACGGCCGACUACCCAUCUACCUCACUACGAAUGUGCUCUUCAUCAUCUUCACAAUUGCUUGUGCCGUUGCACCGUCGCUGGGCAGCUUGAUUGGCUUUCGGUUCUUGGCAGGAUCAGCUGGUGCGGCGCCCCUGGUGCUUGGUGGCGGCAGUGUGGCCGAUUUGUACCCACGAGAAAAACGCGGUUCGAAGAUGGCAAUAUUUUCUAUCGGGCCAUUGAUUGGUCCUGUGGCGGGACCUGUCGCUGGCGCCUUUUUGGCAGAGGAUGUUGGCUGGCGGUGGGUAUUCUAUGUCAUUGCCAUUGCAGGAGGUGUUGUUACGGUCGCAUGCUUUUUGUUCAUGAGGGAAACAUAUGCCCCGGUCAUUCUUGAAAGAAAAGCUGCUUGUCUUCGAAAGUCUACCGGAAACCAGCAAUAUCGAUCAAGAAUGUCGACAGGAGACUCCCCACCCACAGCUAUCGCAAAGGCAUUCAUCCGUCCGACCAAGAUGUUUUUCAUGUCACCCAUUGUCUUCAUCUUUGUGGUGUACAUAUCCAUCAUCUAUGGCUAUCUCUACCUCCUUUUCACCACCAUCACCGAAAUCUACGAGAGUGUCUACCACUUCUCCACCGGAUUAGCAGGUCUCUCAUAUCUCGGAAUUGGUGUGGGGAUGUUCAUCGGAUUGGGCCUGUUCGGUGCAACCAGCGACAAGCGGAUUCAGAAGAAAAAAGCAAAAGGAGACGUGUCGCCGGAGAUCAGAUUGGAAGGGCUGAUACCUGCCGCCAUUUGUAUCCCAAUAGGCCUCUUCUGGUAUGGAUGGUCGGCGGAGAAACAAAUUCACUGGGUUAUGCCCAUCAUCGGAACAGGAUGGGUGGGCCUCGGACUGCUUGGAAUAUUCCUCGCGGUUCAGACAUACCUCGUUGACUGCUAUCCCCUCUAUGCCGCCUCGGUGACCGCUGCGAACACUGUGGUCAGGUCGCUGGUGGGAGCUUUCUUGCCGUUGGCGGGCCGUCCAUUGUAUUCAAACUUGGGCCUGGGAUGGGGAAACUCGGUAUUAGCAUUUAUCGCUCUCGCCAUGGUCCCUUUGCCGUUCAUCUUCAUGCGAUUUGGCGCUCGGCUCAGGACUCAUCCUCGUUUCCAGGUCAAUUUCUGA